UCGUCUUUAAUAGCUUAUCCUACGCCUACCGCACUCGAGCUCUCUUCAUUGUUGUAUCUGCAACUCGAACCACAAGGAAGAAGAGAAAAUAAAAUCAAAAUGGGGGAGGAAGAGAAGAAACCGGAGGAGAAGAAAGUAGAAGAUCAGAAGAAAGUAGAAGAAGGGAAGAAACCAGAACAAGAGAAGAAGGAAGAAGCCAAGCCCGAUAAGUCAAGUGGGGAGACGAAGGAGGAGAAGAAAACAGAGGAAUCCAAGGAUUCCAAGAGUUCAGAAGAAGCCAAGGAGAAGGAGCCCCCUCCUGCACCAGAAGAAAUCGUUCUUAGAGUCUACAUGCAUUGCGAGGGGUGCGCUAAGAAGGUCAAGCGAAGCUUGAGGGGAUUCGAAGGCGUUGAGGACGUUCAGACCGAUUGCAGGACGCAUAAGGUGGUGGUUAAGGGGAAAAAGGCAGAUCCGUUGAAGGUGUUGGACAGAGUUCAGAAAAAGAGUCAUAGGCAGGUGGAGCUGCUUACUCCGAUCCCGAAACCCCCGGCCGAAGAAUCUAAGAAGGAUGAAGAGAACAAAGAAAAUGUUAAACCAGAGGAGAAGAAAGAAGAGCCGCAAGUGAUUAUAGUAGUUUUGAAGGUCCACAUGCAUUGCGAAGCCUGCUCUCAGGAAAUCCGAAAGCGCAUACAGAGAAUGAAGGGGGUCCAAGCAGCGGAGCCGGAUCUGAAGAGCUCACAAGUAACGGUGAAGGGCGUGUUCGAUCCACCAAAGCUGGUGGAAUACGUUUACAAGAGGACGGGGAAACACGCAGUGAUCGUGAAGCAGGAGCCGGAGAAGAAAGAGGAGGAGAAGGGGAAGGAAGGGAAGGAGGAAAAAAAAGAGGAAGGCGGGGAGAAAGAAAAAGAGAAAGAGAAAGGAGGGGAGGGCGAGAAGAAGGAGAAGAAAGAAGGAGAAGAGGAAGCGAAAGCAGAAGCAGCAGCCGCAGCCGCAGCAGAAGAACAAGACUCCAAGGUAGAGAUGAAGAAGAACGAGUUCUACUAUUACCCCCAUGGCUACAUCCCCAGGUACACUGUAUACCCAUACCCAUACCCUCCCCAGAUUUUCAGUGAUGAGAACCCCAACGCAUGUUCAGUUAUGUAAAAAUUGUGGAGCACCAGGGGUAGAAAUGUAAUUGGGAAACUUACCUAUUUCCCUGCUUCCCUUGGCCAGUUGCCUCUCUCUCUCUCUCUCUCUCUCCUGUCUUUACAUAUAAAAUAGGAGAUUCCUGUUUAGUUCCUCUCUCACUCUCACUCUCUCUCUCUCUAUCUAUUGCCAUAAAUCUACAGGGAAAAAACUGUAGAGUUUUGUGAGGUUUUGUACUUUUUCUCUGGUUAUAUUAAUUGUUGUUACUAUAUAUAAAUAGUAUAAAAUAUGGAAAGAAAAUGUGGUACAUGGGUUUUGUAGUUUA